AUGGCUGAUUCAUUACCGCUGGAAACUCUUCAGGAGAUAUUUUCCUACCAGACAGGCCACCUAGCCUCAUGCGCUUGUGUCUGCCGGCAAUGGCAGGUGGCCGCUGAGAGAUUCACCUUCGCCGAUCUGCAUAUCAGUUCGGCGGACCUCGAAGACUUCCGCCAGAUGUUUCCUGUAUCCAACUCCACCGGUCGACGUUUCCACCUCCGAAGUCUACAUUUCAAGGUCGUUAUUCCGAAAUAUAGUAUUGCCGCCCGCGGCCAGUAUGAAAACCAAGAUGACCGUGACAGCAAUAACAACGCUUUCACGCGAGCCAUUACAUCUCUCUUUGAAAUUCUGAGCUCAUGGCCCGAAUACGACCGCUACAUGUUACUGCAGAUCUACGUCAGGUCCCCAAGUGAUUGGCAAGCCGAGCCGGACUGGACUAUACGGCGUACCAGAUUUGAACGAGGUCGUGCUUUCCCAGAGGAGGAGCUGUUACAGCGCCGGUAUCAGGAUUCCUAUCUACAGCUGAUGGGAAAGAUUGCUCUUCCUGACGUCAAGUGCAUUACUUCAUUAGACGUGAUGGGCUGUGAGAACUUCCGCAACAUCGCACCUGGAGCUGUAUCUGAGAUGGUUAUCCAUCUUCCACGACUGCAAACCGUCACCGCCACACUUCGCGACAAAGUCAGGAAUGGUACCGAAAUGGGUGAUAGUCUUGGUGAUUUCCCUAGAGUUGCUGCUCGUUGGCCUUCUUCCCUGCGACACUUACGACUGAGAUACGAGCCAAGACAACCAUAUGGCGAAGACUAUUCACCGCACUCAACCCCAGGCCCAAACUCUCGCUCCCUUGCUUUAUGCCAAAUGACUCAGCAGCUGGAAGUUGUUGACUUAUCGGAAACCACGAUCGGCCCUGAUUUGUUCUGGCCGGUAGAUGCCAAUAUCACCCCAUUCUGGCCAAACCUUAUCAAACUUACCAUAAUGUACUCGAGGAAUUCCGCCUCACGGGAUCACACUGCCGAUCUAACGGACGAAGACCUACGAACUGCACUCAAGAGCAAAGAUCUCGAUGAGUUGAGUCUCGCUGCUGGACGUGCUGCUCAACAUAUGCCUCGACUACAGUCCAUGGAGAUAGAUCUCAGUUUAAGCAGCGUGCCGACUGCCCAUUAUUAUUUCAUAUACGUUGCAACCCUGGGAAAAGUAACAUGGGCGGUCACCUCACAGUUCUACGUAUCGAAGAAAGCACAACAGGCAUGGGACGUUGCGGCUAAGCGUCACGGAAAUGCUCUGCCAUCUGUGGAAGUCUGUGAUAUGGAUACUUAUUCCUCCGAUUCAAGUUUGUCUUCAUGA